UUGCAAGCAGCCCGUUUGGAGGAGUCGUGUGCAAGGAAGCGUGUUGGACGCCCCUCUUCUGCUAUAAAUACUCGGCCCCUGCCGGCUGGUCCUGAGAAUCCGCUGCCCUGGUCGCCCAUCGACUCCAUCCCGACCAACCGACCUGAAGUCAUGGACCCCCAGACUUGCAACUGCGCCACCGGUGGCUCGUGUUCCUGUGCUGGCUCCUGCACAUGCAAGGACUGUAAAUGCAAGUCCUGCAAAAAAAGUUGCUGCUCGUGCUGUCCAGCUGAAUGUACCAAAUGUGCCCAAGGGUGUGUCUGCAAAGGAACAGAGACUGACAAGUGCAACUGCAGCCACUAGCCUGCUGGUUUUUUUCCCCCUUGGUGUUGUAAAUACCGCUUGUACAAAAUGUCUUUCAUACAGCAGUGAUCUUAUAUAUUUUCAUGAAAUGUGGUGAUGUGCUAACAGAGAAUAAACCCAAUGAACAAAUGAAACCGA